AUGUAUUCAGACGUGAUAGAGUCACCAGUAAAUGACUGUUUCUCUUUCAAUGAUCAGUCUACACCUUAUGACAUGGCCGAGGUGAAUGAGAUUAGUAAUCAAGCCAAUUUGGAUUAUAUUUUUGAUUCAUAUUAUUCGUCGGUAUCAAGAUAUAAUACAGGUUUUGAACUUCCAGAAGAUUGUAAAAAUAUGAGUUUUUCAGAACUAUUUGACCAAGAACUGUUUAGUACUCAUGAAAAUAAAGACUGUCAAAUCACAAUUAAAAUUGAAAAAGAAGAACCGUUAAAUGAAUGUUAUUCCGCUGAUAAUUCUGUAGAUACUACUGAUAGUCUUAGUUUUGUAAAAAUAGAAGAAAAUAUUCCUUCUCCAUCAUUAUCAAAAAGUUUUGCUCCGAAGCGAGGCAUCAAUAGAACUUCUAUAAAAACAACAGGAACUUCUGAUGUCAAGCAUCUCAUACAUAAUCCUUUUUGUGAAACAGAACAGGUUAAUAAUCAAAUGUUGGGGUAUAUUAACUCAUCUAUUGUAAAAUGUGAAGCUGAAGAUGUCAAUGAUAAUGUUGAAGAAAACUUGGUUGAAAUGGAAUUAAAUCCAUAUUAUUAUGAUGAUGAUUUACAAAAUAACACAGGUUUGAAAAAAAGUGAAGAACAUAUUGUUUCAUCUUCAUUAUUAAAAAGUUCUACUCCAAAGCGUAGAGGAAUUAACAGAAUUUCUAUUAAAACUCCUGAUAAUUCUGACUCUAAAUAUCUUUUUAGUCCUUUUUGUGAACCUAAAGAUUUAGCUAAUUAUCAAAUUCCAAUUAAAGUUCAAACACCAAUUAUUAAAUGCGAACCUAUAGAUGAAAAUGAAAUUAUUGAAGAAACCAUUGUUGGCCUUCAUUAUUCUAAUGAUGAUUCACAAGCUACAUCAAAUAGUCACAAUAUGGUGAAAGUCAAAAAUAGUGUCAGUAAAUAUGGUUCACAAAGUUCAAAUAGUAGUCAUAAUGUGGUUAAAGUUAUAGAUAGUGUUACUCCUUUAUUAUUAAAAAAGUCAACUUCAAAGGAUCAGGGUAUUAAUAAAAUAUCUUUAAAAACUAACAAUAAUGUUAAGCAUCCUAGUAAGUCAAAACAUUUAGGUACUAAUCAAAUCUCUGUUAAAGUUCAACAACCAAUUGUUGAACCUGAAAAUGUUGAUAACUCUAUUGAAAAACCCAUUGUUAAAAAAGAAGUGAAACCUUAUUAUUCUGCUGACAACUUGAACUAUACAUCAAAUAACCUCAAUUUUGUAAAAGAAGAAAUUAGAUUAUCAUCAUUAUUAAAAAAUUCUGCAGCUAAGCGUCAAGCUAAGAAUAAAAAGUCUAUAAAAGCUACUGAAAAUGAUAGUGUUAAACACAUAGCACAUAAUUUUCAUUUUGAACCAAAAAAAAUUAGGAAUAAUCAAAUUUCAGUUAAACUUGCAUCAACUGUUAUAAAACGUGAACCUGAAGAUUUCAAUGACACUAGUAAAGAAAAUAUUGAAAUGGUGACUAAUCCCUCCUAUUCUUCCUCUAAUGGUAUAAAAAGUACUGUUGUAAGUCAUAGUUUAGUAAAAAUUGAUAAAAUUGUUUCAUCGCCAAAAGGUUUUGCUUCUCAAUAUCGAGGCACUAACGGCAAUUCUAUCAAAACAACUGACAAUUCUAUCAAAACAAUUGACAAUUCUAUCAAAACAAUUGACAAUUCUAAAAACCACUUAAUAUACAACCUUAAUUACAAACCAAAAGAUAAUCUAACUUCAGUGAAAUAUAAAAUACCCAUUAUAAAACGUGAACCUGAAAAUGAUAAUAACACUAUUCAACCAAAUGCCUUAAUUAAUUUAAAAUCUGAAAAAGAAAUGAAAUUUGUUGAACCAAAUGAAAUUCAUUCUUCUGAUUUAAUUAACGAAAAUGCAGAAAGUCAAGAAGUUAUCAUAAAAAACAUGUUACCAAUUGCAUCCUCAAUAAAAACUGAGGAUAUAGAUUCUCAAACAGAUAAAAAAAAAAUUUCGUGGGAAGAAUUUAGAGCAAAAAGAGAAAAAAUGGGUUUGAUAAAUAUUUCAGAAAUUAAAGAAGAGCCUUCAAUAGACAUUGUUGAAACAGAUAAUGUUAAAAUGAAAGCAAUGAAAGAAGAGUUUGAUCGAAACACAGCUGAACAUUUCACUGGCCAAAAAAGGAAAAUUGAUGAUAAAGAAGAACAAAAUACUACUGCUAAAGAAAUAAACAAUGAAGAAGAAGAAUUGCAAAAAAAGCGGAUGAAAAUUGAAUACAUUAAAAAACUUCUACCAUCAUCUUUUGCAUCAGAAAUAGCAAAGACCUCUAGUUUGAUGAAGGGCAGUAGUUUAGUAGAAGAUAAUGAUAAUGAAAGUACUUCCGAUGAUUCGAUGUUGUCCAAUGAUAAAACACAAGGAAAAUAUUCAAACACACAUGAUAAGUCCCAAAAAAAAGGUCACCAAACUAGAGUGCAUUCGUCCCACCGUAACUCAUCAAGGUCUGAUUAUAAUAAUAAAAGUAGCCGCUCAUCAUCCAUAUCGUCCAAUCCAGAUGAUUAUUAUAAUCGUAACAGAACUGAUGCUCCUUCACAAGGAUCACAAUAUAAUCAAAAUGCACGAACCUCUCUUCAAAGGCCCAAAGAACAGAAAAGAGUAGUAUAUGUUGGACAGAUACCAAUCAAACUUGGAAAGCGUUAUUUAUACAAUCGGUUCAAGGAAUUUGGUACAAUACAAUCUUUAACGCUUCAUAAAAAACCAGAUUUUCGUGUUUAUUAUGCAUUCGUAACGUAUUCUGAGAAUUCAGAGGCUGACCGUGCUAUCGCUCAUGGAAAUGACGAUGAAACUGAUGUUCAAUUGGAUAUUAGAUUUGGUGAACGAAAACAAACUCAAACUCCUUACUAUGAUUUAGACGAUGAAUGGUUAACCGACUGGUAUGGAUACAAACAACCUUUAGCACCAGUAGUGAAAGCACAAACUCCUGAAAAAGUGUCGUUUGAAGAAGAAUUGCAAGAAUUUUAUAAGCUUGCUCAAAUUAAAAAGUUAAAUAAAAUUAAGUCUUCUCAAGUCUCUUGA